AGUAAACCCAUCGAUCUUUCAUACCUCCCAACAACUCUCCUCCACGGCCCUUCAACCAAACCACCUGACUUGACGCACAUCACUGAUCCACAUGAUUGAUACAAAUCAAUCCAAAUCAAUCGCCAAUCUAUACUACUAGACGUCCAGAAGACAGCUAACAGGAAAGUAUUUACUUACAGCUUGCAAUGGCCAGCCAUCAGGGAUUGAUGGACUAUGGCCUACCCACCAAAGUAAUCGGUUGUAAACAACCUGGAAUCCAGUACACCGAGCGCACGGCUGUGCGCGUUGUUGUUAAGAGCCCAAACAAUCAUGUGAUUGUUAUCAAAGUGAACAAGGGAAAUUAUUACAAGCUGCCAGGAGGUGGCGUGGAGGCCGGUGAAGACCACCAGCAGUCAGCCGAGCGCGAGGUGACAGAGGAGACUGGCUGCAGUGUUUCUGUUCAGGGUGCACCUGUCGCAACGACAGAGGAGUAUCGGAAUGAUCUACACCAAUUUUCGUACUGCUAUAUCGCGCAUCUACUCAACGAGGCUGGAGCGCCAGCAUUGACUGAAGACGAGUUGGCUGAUGGACUCGUUCACGAGUGGAUACACAUCGACAAAGCUCUGGAACUGAUGUCGCAAGCAGAGCCGACAUCGGAACUGGGUCGCUUCAUCAAAGAAAGGGAUAUUUUCUUGUUGCGAGAAGCUUUAAAGGCUGCGUAAGACUGGAGCUGAGGUAUGAAAUACUGAGUAAGACGUGAGUCGAAACAAUACAGACUAUCUCCUCGUAGACUGCCAUUCAAACUAGUUCAAUUUU